AGCUCCAAAUAUUAUCCAUUUCUAUCUUACAAAGUUGAUGAAGAUGUAUUAUCAAGACCGAGACCAAAACCUACAACCAUCACCAACACAAUGAUGUCACUUUCAACAAAACCUUGUGGUUUUGAAAAGAUUGAUUUAGUCAUAACCCUUGACUCUUCGACGAGUGUUGGCCAAAGCAACUUUCAGAAAAUUCUCCAUUUUUGUAAAAACUUCUUGAAGAAAUUGGACAUCGUUUCUAGGAGUGCUCGAGUAGGAAUUCUAAGCUACAGCACAAACGUACAUGAUCACUUCUUUUUAAAUGCGUACAGCACAUCUACAGACAUUUUUAAUGCUAUAGACAAAAUUCCUUGGAUUUUUAGAAGUACUAAUACAGCUGACGCAAUAAGAGACAUGAGGCAGAGGUAUUUCUCAUUCGCAAAUGGUGAUAGAUGGGACGCACGAAACAUUGCCUUAAUUUUUACUGAUGGUGUCUCUAAUAUGAAUGCAAAUAGAUUGCAAGAUGAAGUAUCUCAUGCCAAGGCCAAUGGAAUAACCAUGUAUGCAAUAGGCAUUGGAUUAAGUGAUGUUUCUGAAUUAAACCUAAUUGCGUCUUUUCCUGCCUCAAACUACACCUUUAAUGUAGAAAACUUUGAUAAACUGAACGAUUUGAAUGAUCGGAUCUUACCCUCUUUAUGUGCUGGUAAGUACUUCAAGUUACAAUCAUUUAUAUUACAUCGAAGUAUAGAAAAAUUAAUCGUUUAA